GUGCUGGGAUCAGAGUCGGGCUUCCCCUCUUUUCCAUCUUUACCUCGUCUCUUUUACAAUUUCUACCAUUACUGCCACUGCCACUGCCACUACCACUACCACUUUGCGACAAAAACAUCGGCUAGAAUCCCUCCACCAUUCUCGCUCUCACUCACCCUCUCCCUCACCAUCACCUCAUCCUCCUCUUCUCUGUCUCUCUCUCGCGUCUCUCCAAACCCAUCUCCGCAUUUUCUCCGUGUUCUGCACCCGCACUACACCCAUUCGUCCUAAUACUUGUCCGAAUUCCGCUCUCCUUCUCAAGCUCCCACGACUCCCCCAUCUUCCUGAAAAUCCAACCCCUCACCACCUCCCAAUCCUGAACUCCACAUUUGCGAUCAGCCUACGCCUGCCUCUGUCCCAGCAUUCGUCUCAUCCAGCACCACCGCAUCUCCCCUCGCAAGUAUCUCCAACAUCAUGGACUCGACAUUAUCGUCGUCCGGCCCCAGCAGGAUCAAGAGGAAGCAAUCUGGCAACAAAUCCAAGACCUUACCCUGCCCUCAUUGCCAACGCCUCUUUGCCCGCCUGGAGCAUCUCCAACGACAUAUUCGCACCCACACCAAAGAGAAGCCUUUUGUGUGCGACAUAUGCUCAAAGACCUUCGCCCGCAGUGACCUCCUCGUCCGCCAUGAGAGACUCGUCCAUCCUGGAGAAGAGGACACAAGUUCCUCUCGAAAAUCACACAAGAGACUUAGCAACAACUUCGACACCAAUGUCUCGCGCCCGCAGCUCUCCCAUGAGCCUCCGCCCAUGUCCGACCCUAUGGACAUGGCACAACAGUCUCGGCCUCUCCUCUCCCCAGAGUCGCCGCAAGAGGGGAGGGGGAUGAUGGACAUGCUUGACCCUCAGCUCAUGCAGCCCGCAAACGGCAUGCACUCGGUCGACAACCUUGCCCAACAACAGUCGUCUGGCCUAGGUGGGCCUUCGUCUCUCGAUCCUUCAUGGGGAUAUGAUCUCAAUUUAUUGUCUCACGCCGCCAGCCAUGUAGCCUCCAGCGGCCAGGAUCACUAUAUGUCUGGAUUGCCGCAAGUCACCCACGAGCCACUUCACGAGCCUCUACAGCAAAUACUUCCCCCCGUCUCGGAUUCUUCCUACCAGCCUCGAAUGCUGACUGAAGGUUACGGCCACCCGACGCCCAUGUUUGAGCCUCCCGACCUUGGUGACCCCAUGCAAGACUUUACCGUCUUCCUCGACAGUGUGGGUCUUUCUUCCGAAUGGUAUGCAAACAUGUUCGGCAACGAUCCUGUCGACCCGUUCCAGGGCUCUGAAUCAAAAGAUCAUCUCGGCAUCCCCAAGGUCCAGCUCAACGGAGAGAACUCUCUGGAGGCCAAACCGCCUCUUCAACCCGAUGAAGGCAGUACCUUCUCGCGCUUUGGUUCGAGACUGCCAUCUCUCCAGCCCGAAGUAAAGGAACCCCAAGCUCAAAGAUCAGAGCAUCGCAGCGCCACCGAAGAGUUUGACACCUCAAAGCAAAAGACAAAUUGGGACGUGAGCGAUUCUGAUAGGCAGGUCUUUGCCUCGAGACUCGCUACCUUUGACACCGUCUUACCCAAAGGUUUCAUCCCUCCUUCAAGACAUUCCUUGUCCCGGUACUUGGCUGGCUACGUCAAUGGCUUUCAUGAACAUCUUCCCUUCAUACACGUCCCUACCUUGCAAGUCUCGCGAAGUGCACCUGAACUGGUUCUCGCCUUGGCCGCUGUCGGUGCACAGUACAGGUUCGAGAACAGUCGGGGCAUUGAGCUCUUUUAUGCUGCUAAAGCGGUGGUGAUGGAGCAAAUUCGCCGCCGCGACGAGCUUGCGCUGCCGCAUUCCUGGAACCGUCCUCGAAACGGAUCAACAACUCAAUCUCCCCCAGGUGGCGGUUUCACAUCCCAGAGUCAAACCAGCAGUCCAUUUCAGCACUCUGUAAUCGAGACCGCAGUCACCGUUGACAGCAAAGAGUCCUUGGAUUCCAUACAGGCACUCCUUCUUCUCACCGCAUUUGCCACAUGGGAAAGACACACCGAACUGCUUCGGGAAGCCCUCGCAUUUCAGAGCAUACUUGCACGUCUCGUGCGAGAGUCAGGACUGGUGUCGCCGGAAGAAGCCCAGUCGCCGGAAGAACAGACCUGGGAGGAGUGGAUCAAGGUCGAGGGCGAAAAGAGAACCAAGCUGAUUGUCUACUGUUUUUUCAAUCUGCAUUCCAUCACCUGGAACAUCGCUCCCCUCAUAUUGAAUUCGGAAGUCAAGUUGAAUUUACCGGAUCCUGCAAACGAAUGGAAAGCUACGACGGCCGAGCAGUGGAAGACCCUCCGCGCCGCCAAUGCUUCACAUCAAGUCCCAUUCCAGGAAGCAUUUUCUCGCUUGUUUGCCAAACAAAGCCAAGCUCCGCCCACACCCAUCUCACCCCUGGGAAACUACAUUCUGAUCCAUGCGCUGAUACAGCAGAUAUUUUUCGCCCGACAGUUGUCUCUGGCCUGGCCAGGAGUCGCAGGGGCAAGCUUGAGGAUGGAGGACAUUGUGAUCCUCGAUCGAGGGCUUGGUGCGUGGAAGACUGGCUGGAAGCGUGCACCAGAAUCCAGCCUGGAUCCACAAAACCCGAAUGGCCCAGUUGCCUUUACAUCCACUGCUUUGCUGGGCCUGGCAUAUAUACGGUUACAUGUGGACAUGGGUCCGCUCAGGCACCUAGAGACUCGAGAUCCCGAACAAAUUGCCUCGUCUCUUUUCCACACCCCUGACCUUCGGCGGGAUCCACGAUUGACGCCGGCACUGCUACAUUCUGCGCAUGCCCUAUCCAUACCGGUCAGGCUGGGCAUCGACUUUGUUGCUCGAACUCAGACAUUCUUCUGGUCGAUCCAACAUUCUCUGUGCAGCCUGGAGUGCGCGUUUCUCCUGUCCAAGUGGCUGGCGGUUCUGUCUCGGCUCAAGACAGAAGGAGGCGCGCCCGUGACAGAACACGAACGGAAACUCCUCCUGUGGGUCCGCAGUCUACUGGAAGAGACAGAGAUGACGGUUCCUCUGAACGGGGAUGCGAAUGAUCAAUCAGUCCUCACCGAAUCCCGGGAACUACUGGGCGAUACCAAUAAAAUCAAGAGUCUCUCCGUUGCUGUGGUGCGCGUUUGGAGCAAGACAUUCAAGGGCAACACGAGUUGGGCCAUUGUGGAUAUGAUUGGGAGCGCUCUUGAGAUAUACGCAGACACUCUUGAGUCACAAUUACUGGGAUGAUGACAUGGUCCCUUGCCGGAAAAGGCAGGCUGUACAUGAUAGAAACGGACUUGUAUGGGCUGAUGACGCACCCAAUGGCUUGAUGUAUUGAUGACGUUCUAUGUUUAGUGUCAUUGUCAUUGAUAGUUGGUCUGGAAUCAAGUAAGUAGCGUUCCGGAAAACGCCGACUCUACGAGGGCUUCUCCAGGGCUCUCUCGUCGUUGAAUCACCAUGCCUGUGGGCUGAGCGUAAAGUAAUUAAAGAUAUGUUCCAAGAAGAGGCAGACGGACAGCCGGAGGCCAUGUCUAGGUCUCGGCGGCGGGAAGGACAAAAAUAAUUUCUGAUGGGAUCUUGAGGUGGAUUUAGUUCAUCUGGAGAAUAUGGAACGAUGGCAAGUCUUGACAAAG